UGCUUCCCCCGCCCCUGGCUGCCGGGCCCCGUCGCUCUCCCGUGACGUCCCAAUGGCGGCGCCCGAGCGCGGGGCCGCUGGCUGCUCUGGGGCUGGAGCGGCUGGUGGGCCCGCGGGAGCGCGCAGCCCUGAGAGGCGCCUGGGGCUGCUCAGCGCGGGGUCUUGAAAUGGAAUCAAAGACCAAACAUACAGUUAUAUUUGCAAUGAAUUAACUUUACCACUUAUUUGUGUUGAAAUGGAGAGCAUUACACAGUUGUUUAGUGACUUGUGUGAAGCGCACAUGACAGGUUUGUCAUGGAAGGUCCAUCUGGGCAGACAGAAGAUCAGCAAGAAAAGGGCUAAGCAAAAUCUAAAAAGGAUUGCGUAUAAUGCCCUGUUCAUGAAUCUUUUUCAAGAGGAGGCCCGUAAAGUGCAGUCAAACAUUUCCAGACUUCCAGUGAAAAACAAAAUUUUAAUGCUGUCCUUCAACUUGAGAGUUGGCGGAAUGGGCGCUCAAGCAGAUAGGCUGGAGAAACUCGUGGAGGAACUGGAAACAUCUGAUUGCUUACCAUUUACGGAAAUUAAUUCUAUUCUGGAUCUUCUAGUACAGCUUGUAGGAACUGGUCCUCCUCAGCUUCUACCACAAAAAAAGGACUAUUUUCUGAACAACAAGUAUGUUGGGAGAAAUGUUAAAUAUCAGGGUUAUGAUUAUUAUGAUGUGAGUGUAUUUGAAGCUGAUAUACAGACUUUAAUUACAAAUGAAGAGUAUCAGUUUAAUGACACAAUUCAAAAGACAGUUCAGAUAAUGGAGGCUGCACCCGGCACUGGACUUCCUGCCAUCGGAUUAUUUUCACAGAACUACCCUGUUGGUGACAAGUUUGAGAAGGAAACACGUGUCUCACUCUUUGGUGCUCUUGUCCAUAGCCGUACAUAUGACAUGGACAUCAGGUUGGAUCUGCCACCAGUACCUGACAAUGCGGAUUUGUCUGGACUUGCGAUUAAAGUUCCUCAAAGUAUAGAUCAAUCAGAAGAUGAGGGAUUCCAGUCAGCAUCCAAUCUGACUCCUGAUUCACAAUCGGAACCCAGCAUGACUCCAGACAUAGACCUCUGGGAUGCCGUACUUACUUAUGGACCCAGCAAACGAAGAUGCUGGGAAAGAAUUGGAUGCCCACCUGGUAAAAAAGAGGAACCAUAUCUUACUGAAGCUGGAAGAGAAGCUUUUGACAAUUUUUAUAGGCUUCGAGAAGGGGAAUUAGAACUGUUUAGCAAUACCAUUCUCCAGCUUCCACAGCUUGUGCUAAUGAAAGAAUUUGAACUGGUUAAAGAUGUUUUGAAUGUCCUUAUUGGUGUGGUAUCUGCUACAUUUUCACUUAAUCAGGCUGCUCAGACAUUUGUGAUAAAGCAGGGGAUAUAUGUAUCUGGAACAUCACCUGAGAGCAUGAACAAUCUCCUGUCAGAAGUUGCUGAAUAUGGAACAUAUUACACACGAUUGAGUCGCUUCUCUCUUCAGCCAGUCUUAGACUCCCUGUACAACAAAGGGCUUGUAUUUCAGGCAUUCACAAGUGGAUUGAGGAAGUACCUUCAGUAUUACCGAGCAUGUGUUUUGUCAACACCUCCCACUUUAAGCCUUCUAACUAUCAGUUUUCUCUUCAGAAAAUUAGGGCGACAGUUAAGGUAUUUAGCUGAGCUCUGUGGCAUAGGAACAACUGUACUGGGGAUCAGCAGAGGUUCUGGUGCUUCAUUUCCUACGGGAGUAAGAUUGCUUUCAUACUUGUACAAAGAGGCUCUCAAUAACUGUAGUAAUGAACAUUACCCAGUUCUUCUGUCAUUGUUAAAAACCAGCUGUGAACCAUAUACCAGGUUUAUCUAUGAUUGGGUGUACAGUGGUGUAUUCAGGGAUGUUUAUGGCGAAUUCAUGAUUCAAGUGAAUGAGGAUUAUCUUAGCUUCAGAGAUAAACAUUACUGGACCCAUGGAUAUAUUUUGAUUUCAAAAGAAGUAGAAGAUUGUGUCCCUGUGUUUCUGAAGCAUAUUGCCAAUGAUGUAUACAUUUGUGGGAAAACCAUAAACUUAUUGAAAUUGUGUUGUCCCAGGGUCUCAGUCACAGGGUGUAGAAACAUGAUCCUGUUAUAUCAGUUCCAUUUUCAUAUCUGGAUGUAUGUGUUGUACCUAAAGCAUUACAUAUGCUGGUCAGAUAUCCCUGUUCCUCGGAUUUCUGUUAUUUUUUCCCUUGAGGAGCUGAAAGAGAUUGAGAGAGACUGUGCAGUAUAUGUGGGUCGAAUGGAAAGAAUUGCCCGUUACAGUUCUAUUAGCAAGGAAGAAAAGGAUUUGCGCAUGGAGAUUGCAAAACAGGAGUUGAUUGUUCAUGCUCGAGAAACAGCUAGUAAAGUACUAAAAGCCAUUAAUGAUCAACAAAUAUCAGAAAGAAUGACUUUGGAUGCAAGGAAACGGGAACAGUUUCAGAAAUUAAAAGAACAGUUUGCAAAAGAUCAAGAGCGUCGACUUACGAUGAAACAGGAGGAGAUUGAUGAUGAUUUCAGCUAUGCCCGAGAGCUCAGGGAGAGAGAGAAAAGACUGAAAGCCUUAGAAGAGGAACUGGAAAAAAAGGCAAGGCAAGAAAUAAUUGAUCAUUAUAGCAAACUUUCUGAUGAUGCAGCCCGUAGGGAGCAAAGAGCUUUAUGGAAAAUCCAGCGGCACAAACUGGAAACAGCCCGUCUCAACUUUCUAGUAGAAGAUCAAAAACAUAUCGAGGAGAUGCUUGAAAAACUUCCUAAUGGGAAGUACAGGAGGAAAUUAGACAUUAUUCCGCAUAAGCAAUGCCAAACAGUUUCACUUAUGGACGCAGCUGUAGAAGAACCAAGCUCUCAGGUAUCUUCUGUGGAACCUGUGCAUUCUGACAAUAAUGUUGUCAGAGGUGAUUCUGAAUCUGGACUGAAGAGUGUUACUUCUGCUGAAAAACCAUUGGCUUUGUCCCGGCCAGUAAAUACUCAUAUUAAUCAACGUCCUGAGCAAGAUGCAGCAGGAACUGAAUCUCAGUUACUAAGUACAGAACAAACAUGGGAUCCAUCGCAGAGUGCUAAUUCUCUGCCUGAAUCCAGUCUAAAUAUUGAGGAUUUCCUACCAGAAUCACAGGAAGAACAACCUGCUGCCGUUGGCUCUUUACUAGAUGAAGGAUCUUUACUAGACGAAGCAUUUCAAAAUAUUAGCUCAGAACUUCCUGAAACUACUCAAAUAAGUGAAAGUCAGCCUCUUUUGAUAGAAGCACUGCAAGGAGAAGGUAAUACACAGUUACAUCAGCAAAGUGAAUAUGAUUUUAAUACAAUUCUCAGGCCAGCUGCUGUUUCACAAGGACAUGGCAGAGUUGGAGAAAAUGUGUUGGUGGAAAGUAGGAGACUUCAGUGGAAUAUUCAUGGACAUGUAUCCAAUGCCAGCUUUAAUGUAGGGGAAUAUGUGCCUUGUGCAGAGACUUCCCAGUCACAUUCAAAUCCAUAUGGACAUUCUUCAGAUUCGCACAUAAAGAUUGGGGAAUAUACCUCUGAAGUUGAAUCUAGUCGGCCUCGCUGGAAUAUUCAUGGGCAUAUUUCUGCAGCUCAUAUUAAAAUUGGGGAAUAUACGUCGGAGGUCGAGUCCUCAAGGCCCAGAUGGAAUGUUCAUGGACAUGCCUCAGAAGCCAACAUUAAGAUUGGUGAGUAUGUGUCAAACAUAGAGCCUACAAGGCCUCGGUGGAACAUCCAUGGUCAUGCAUCUGAUGCCAAUAUCAAGAUUGGAGAGAACGUGUCUGAGCCUGUACCAUCUAGAGCUCGGUGGAACAUCCAUGGCCAUGCAUCUGAUGCCAAUAUCAAGAUUGGGGAAAAUGUGUCUGAGGCUGUACCAUCCAGACCUCGGUGGAAUAUCCAUGGACAUGCUUCACAAUCACACAUUAAAAUGGGAGAGCUAGUUUCAGACACUGAACUUUCAAAACCUCGUUGGAGCCCUUUUGGCCAUGCAUCUCAGUCGAACAUUAAAAUAGGGGAGUGGUCUCCAUCCACAGAAAGUGAUCCAAUACCUCAUAAUAAAACCAUCUCUGGUCACACAUCAGACUCUACAGUUCAGACAUUUCAGUGCAAUGGAGAGUUUUCUCCCUCUGUUGAAAGUAAGAGAGACAAUAAAUCAUCAGAAGGCAAGGAAGAGGUCUUACCCCAAUCACAGUCCUCAGACAGUGUUCCAGUCCUUUCAGAUUCUAAUAUUGAAGGUGAAAAGCAAGAAAACAUCACAGAAGAGAGAGAGAAACAAGAAGUAAUUGCAAAAGAUGUCAGCAAAGAUCUCCCUCCAGAGCUUCCUCAGGGUUCACAGACAGAGGAACCUGAAAAAUCGAUUGCCCUGACUGUUACACCUCAAGAAACUUUACUUUCUGAGGCGUGUGCUUCUGAAACUAAAGAGAAGGAAGAUGAUGAUGAUGAUACGUGGAGGAAAGAACAAGCUUAUCUGAAAGCCUUAUCAGACCAGUAUUGCCUUGAAAAAUACCAAGACAGCUAUGAUUUAAUGUCAGAGUUGCCAGUUUCCCAUCUCUUGCAUCAUGUGAUACCCAGGUCAUACACUUUCCCAGUGGAUCCUUUGGUACAGUCAGCAACAGAUGAAACAGCUGUACAACUAAGUGAGCUUUUAUCUUUGCCAGUGCUGAUGAAACACUCUAUUACUGCUCCACUCGUGUCUCAUGUUUCCCUUGUGAACAAAGCGAUAGUCGAUUACUACUUUGUGGAACUGAACAUAGAGAAGCAUUUUGAAGCACUAAGACAUUUUUUGUUAAUGGAAGAUGGAGAGUUUGCUCAGUCACUUAGUGACCUACUAUUUGAGAAGCUUGGUUCAGGGCAAACUCCUGGUGAACUUCUGAAUCCACUGGUUCUCAAUUCUAUCUUAAAUAAAGCAUUACAGUAUAGCCUUCACGGAGACACCCAGCUUGCUUCCAAUCUUUCUUUUGCACUCAAGUACCUUCCAGAAAUGUUCAAACCCAAUGCUCCUGAUGCUCUGAACUGCUUGGAGCUACGGUACAAGGUUGAUUGGCCUCUGAACAUUGUCAUUACCGAGAGCUGCAUGAAUAAAUACAACAAGAUCUUCUCCUUUUUGCUGCAGUUGAAGCACAUGGUGUGGACUCUCAAGGAUAUUUGGUUCCACUUAAAACGUACUGCAUUAGUGAGUCGUGCAUCAAAUUCUGUUCAAUUUCGACAGCUUCAGCUGUAUAAACAUGAAAUGCAGCACUUUGUUAAAGUUAUUCAAGGUUACAUUGCUAACCAAAUAUUGCAUGUAACAUGGUGUGAAUUUGGAAAUAAACUGUCUUCUGUAGGAAACCUGGAAGAAAUUCACAGAACACAUGCAGAAUACCUCAACAAAGCAAUUUUCAGAGGACUAUUGACUGAGAAGGCCACCCCUGUGAUGAACAUUAUUCACAGCAUCUUCAGUCUCAUUUUGAAGUUCCGCAGCCAAUUAAUCUCUCAGUCAUGGAACUUUGAUGCUGGCGAGCAAAUGGCUGUUCAUCCCAACUUUGGUUUGAUGCAACAAUCUUAUAAUACUUUCAAAUAUUACUCUCACUUCUUAUUCAAAGUGGUAACCAAACUUGUAAAUAGGGGAUACCAACCUCACCUGGAGGACUUCCUGCUGCGAAUCAACUUUAACAACUACUACAAAGAUAAUUGAGCUCUAGUAUAGUGUAAGGAAUACUGGUAGCAUGGUAAAGAAAAUACAGCUACAGCUUUAUGCUUACUAUUUAUGGAAAUUGAUGCUAAUAACAGAGGCUUAUCUUAAGAAAUAAUCCAUUGUUCAAAAUAACUUUGAAGAGGUUCCACACAGCACUUAGAAUAUGAUGCCAUUUAGAAUCCAUACAAAUCACCGCUUCAUCAGUACAUUGAGAAUUGAUCCCGUAAUUACAGAUAUAGGGAAGAAUGGAGCCUUUUGUUAUCAUGGAAAGGGCAUACAUGUAAAUCGGUUAAUGUAUAGUAUGCAUUUUUCCUUUCAGUGUUGUGAAUAGAUGUUCAAUGUAAAUAUAUGUUUGUGAAAUAAAUAAACAAAAAGAUAUGUUUUAAAACUU